AUGGGCGCCGCUGCAGAUGGAACACGAACACACAGGUACUGUAGAUCGUCGCAGCCUCUCUCGGAAGGCUUGCUUAGCUCACGAAAUUCAAAGUAUCGAUACGCGCGGCUAUCCGGCCCGCGAACAAUCCGCCUUGUUCGAGUCCACCCCAAGAUUCCAUCAGAGCCGUUCGCAUGCAGUUUCAAGUACGUCUCGCUAGACGAGAAGCCUUCCUACAAAGCAAUCUCGUACGCGUGGGGUGAAGAUGUGCCAUGCCAAAGAGUCACCCUCGACGGUAGAGGCCAGAUGGUGAUUAAUGAUGCCCUCGCUAGCGUGCUGGCCCGGCUCGCGGACUCCGGGCAGUAUGGGUGGUUCUGGAUAGACAAAUUGUGUAUCAACCAGGCGGACCAUCGAGAGAAAUCUGCGCAGGUCCAGAUGAUGAUGGACAUCUUUGCCAGCGCGGAGCAAGUGUGGGCCUGGCUCGGUCCAGCAGGAGAUGACAGCGAGCUAGCGAUAGCGUUCGUGCCGAUUCUCGCGAGAGCGUUCAAACGAUUGGAAGAGGAAGAUCUCCCCGUGAACAUGGAGCAUCUCAAAGCUAUCCCGGCGUGUGCCAGGGAUUCGGCUUUCUGGCCUGCCUUGCGGAAGCUUUUGAAAAGGCGAUGGUUCACCCGGGCCUGGAUUGUCCAGGAAGUCGCUGUCGCAAAGAAGAUCACUCUAUACUGCGGCGAGGACGACCUUAGCCUUGACAGUCUUACGUAUGUCCUCGAGGUUGAUUUUGUAACCGGCCUGCACCAGUUGACCUGGAACAAGUCAUCCAACUUCUCAGACAAGCCGGAUGAGUUGGACAUCCUUUUGUUAAGCCAGAUGCAGAGUCGCUGUGCAAUGAGAGAGUUGCCGCGCCUGUCGACAAACAUGAUUUUCUGUCGAGCUUUCGGUGCGUCAAAUGAACGGGACCAUAUUUAUGCCUUUUUGGGCAUCUCGGAUGGUCGACGGGAUCUAGCUCUCAAGCCUGACUAUCAGAAGAGCGUCGAAGCCGUUUACAUCGACGUGGCUCGUUAUUUGCUUCUUCAACAGAGUCUAAAUAUUGGCCGGCGAUACCGAGAUUGGGAAACCCGCACUUUCCAGCUUCAGGUGACCCAUUGUCCUUUGAUACAUGCUGCUGGUAUUGGCUGGCCUCGAAAACUCUCAACCUUACCAUCCUGGGUGCCGGACUGGACCUCGAACAAGCGAGCGUUCCUGGGCGCUCUGGAGGAGAUUGGUGAAUAUGAGGCGUGCUUGAAGUUCAACUUUGAUGUAUCGGUGGGGACUGACCCCACGUCCAUUGUCCUCAAGGGCCGCAACAUCGACGCCGUCGAGCGGAUAUAUUCUCUCCAUCAGACAUCCUACCACUCCGUGCUCAGCUCCGAAGUCGUUCGCAUUCCCAAGUCCCCUCUUGAAUGGGUCCCGGGCGGCAUAGCUGCCCUCCAGAUGCGCGACCCGUAUUUCUGCAAUGGCUUCGAGGAAAACCGCGCCAGCGUGGUGUCCAACGUCCUCACCGGCAAUCUGCUCUGCCAUCGAGCCAUACUAGACUGGGCGACGGGUAAAGCCGAAGUUGACAUCGCCAAUGACUUUGAGUCAUAUCGGAAGGCCGCAGCUCAUGCAGCAGGCAUUGGCGACACGGGCAGCUGGACGGAGAUCCACUAUAAGCGCGCACACUUUGUGCGUAUCGUCAUGGCUAUGAUUGAAGACCGUGUCCUCUUCUCAACGCAGACGGGCCUGCUGGGUAUCGGGCCGCCACUGAUGCAGCCCGGUGACCGCGUGUUUUUGAUCCAUGGGGCUUGCACGCCCUUCGUUCUCCGACCGCACAGUCCGAAACAAUCGUGGACGUCGCGAUUUCGUAAGCCCGCGCCCUGGUGGAACCUUGUUGGAGACUGCUAUGUGCAUGACUUGAUGAGGGGAGAGGGUGUCGGUUUGGCGAAUGCUCAGAAUAUUAUUGUAUUAUGA